AUGUCAACAUCAAUCGAGGACAACGAACUACCCAAGGCUAUCUUGACGCGAAUUAUGAAGCAAGUGCUUCCUGAGAACACAAAUAUCCAAGCGAAUGCUAAGGUGGCCAUGACUAAAUCGACAACUUUAUUCAUCAACUACCUCGCAUCAGCUGCGAAUGAGGUUGCUUCUAAUGCAGGGCACAAGAUCGUAAGCGGUACUCAUGUUCUUAACGCGCUCGAGUCUCUGGAUUUAGAAGAAAUGAUCCCAAGGCUGGAGGAAGAGCUCAAAUCGUUUCAAGCUAUUCAGAAAUCACGGAAAGAAGGUGCAGCAAAGACCACAAAGGACAAGGAUGACUCUGCGGCAGAAUCAGCAUCAAAGAAAAGAAAGCCAACCGCAGAGGGACCAAAAUCAGUUUCAAAGGCCAGGAAGUCGUCCACUAAUGCAAAUCCCAGGGAUGCCCAAGAUAAUUCCCCAGAGGGUGCGGGUGACGAUGAAGAGAUGGACGAAGACAGGGAUGUCGAGCGCGACGAGGACGACGAGGAGGACGGAGAAGCAGAAGCAGAAGCAGAGGCAGGUGAUGAUAAUAACGGUGUUUCGUUAAACAUGGACGAAGGAGAGCAGGAUAUCGAUGAAGAAAAAGUAUCUCAUAUGGACGAGGAGGAAGACGACUCAGAUGGAUUCUGA